AUGGAGACAGACAAGGGGACAUACAGGGAGACAGACAUGGAGACAGACAUGGCUACAGACAGGGAGACAGACAUGGAGACAGACAGGGAGACGGACAGGGAGACGGAUAGGGAGACGGGCAUGGAGACAGACAGGGCGACGGACAGGGAGACAGACAUGGAGACAGAUAGGGGGACCGAUAAGGAGACAGAUAGGGAGACAGACAGGGAGAAAUACAGGGAGACAAGACAGGGAGACAGACAGGAGAAAUACAGGGAGACAGACAGGGAGACAGAUAGGGAGACAGGGAGAAAGACAGACAGGGAGACAGACAGGGAGACGGACAGUGAGACGGACAGGGAGCCAGACAGGGAGACGGACAGAGAGACGGACAGGGAGACAGACAGGGAGAAAUACAGGGAGACAGACAGGGAGACAGAUAGGGUGACAGGGAGAAAGACAGACAGGGAGACAGACAAGGGGACAGAUUGGGAGAGAGACAUGGAGACCGACAGGGAGACGGACAGGGAGACAGAUAUGGAGACGGACAUGGAGACAGACAGGGAGACGGACAGGGUGACAGACAGGGAGACAGACAGGGGGACAGAUAGGGAGACAGAUAGGGAGACAGCCAGGGAGACAGACAGGGAGACAGAAAGGGAGACCGGGAGACAGACAGGAGAGAAAUACAAGGAGACAGACAGGGAGACAGAUAGGGAUACAGAGAGACAGACAAGAAUAAAUACAGGGAGACGGACAGGGAGACAGAUAGAGAGACGGGGAGACAGACAGGUAGACAGACAGGGAGACAGACAGGCGGACAAUGAGACAGAAAUGGAGACAGACAAGGAGAGAAAUACAUGGAGUUGGCAGGGAGACAGACAGGGAGAAAGACCGGGAGACAUACAGGGAGACAGACAGAGAGACAGACAGGAAUGGAUGCAGUUGUUGUGUUUAUGUGAGGACCUUCAAGAGGAUAUCUUGAAGUGGGAGCUGCACAUAGCAAUAGUGUGUUUGCGUGGAAAUAAUGAUUCGACAUUAUAG